CGAGUUUGAACCAAACAAGUGUUUGAUCAUCCCUUCUCUUCCGCACAGCAUCCAAUGUCCAUUCCCAACUCAUUCAAUUUCUUCAUUCGGUUAGUAUUUUCUGGUUCACUUGGUUUCAGCACGUAGAAAUCCCUUCGGAUUUCCUCAUUAGGGUUUUUGGGUCAUUCGAUUUCCUUCCCCUUGUGCUGUAACCCCCACCCCCUUUUUUCCCCUCAUUGUUUUCAUCUUAGGUUUAUCGUUGAUCCUCUCACCAAAUCCUUUUUUUUUUUUUUGAACUAAUCUUCUUCUUCUUCUCCAUUAGAUUCUAAUGCAAAUCCGAGAACUAGACGACGGAAAGAUGAUUUAUGGUAAUUUGGCGCCGGAUUUGGUGUGAGAAUGAGAGAAUUAUCUGUCAUGGAAAUUGGAAUUAUGGAUUCAGAUUCGCUGGAAAGGCUCGUCGUCGAAUGCCGUUUCCGUCUGAGAUCGGCAUUCGAUUCUUUUUCUGUUGCAUCCGAAGCAUUUUCAGAGCAAAGCCUUGCGAUCCUGAUGGGAGUCCAAAGGCAGCAGCUUUGAAAAGGUCUGGUUUUUUUCUCUUUCGAUCAUCAUCGUAAUGAAUUGGGGGAGUGGAUUGUUGUCGCCUGUGGAUGGACACCAAAGGAAAAUGGAAGUGGCCGCCGCCACUGAGGCGGCCGAUGACUAUUACGUCGAGAAAGAUCCGACUGGUCGAUAUGUCCGGGUAUCAUCUCUUAUCUCUAUAGUGUAUGAAGAGAUCUUGGGUAAUGGAGCAUUCAAGACUGUCUACAAGGCAUUUGAUGAAGUUGAUGGAAUAGAAGUAGCUUGGAACCAAGUGAAGAUUGAUGAUAUGUUGCAGUCACCAGAGAAUCUGGAGAGGCUAUAUUCAGAAGUCCAUCUUUUGAAAUCAUUGAAACAUGAAAAAAUUAUCAAAUUCUAUAACUCAUGGGUGGAUGAUAAGAAGAAAACUGUUAAUAUGAUCACUGAGCUAUUCACCUCCGGUAGUCUGAGGCAAUACCGUAAGAGGCAUAAGAAUGUUGAUAUGAAGGCUAUAAAGAAUUGGGCACGGCAGAUCCUCAUGGGGUUGCAGUAUCUUCACAGUCACAAUCCACCAAUUCUUCAUAGAGACUUGAAAUGUGACAACAUUUUUGUUAAUGGUAACCACGGAGAAAUAAAGAUUGGAGAUCUUGGAUUAGCAACUGUUAUGCAGCAGUCUACUGCCAGAAGUGUUAUUGGUACUCCUGAGUUCAUGGCUCCAGAGCUCUAUGAAGAGGAGUACAAUGAAUUGGUUGACAUAUAUUCUUUUGGUAUGUGCAUGUUAGAAAUGGUUACAUUUGAGUAUCCAUAUAGUGAAUGCAGAAAUCCAGCUCAAAUCUAUAAGAAGGUUACAUCAGGAAUAAAGCCUGCUUCUCUUGAUAAGGUGAAUGACCUCCAAGUUAAGCAUUUCAUUGAGCAAUGUUUGGCUCCAGCAUCAGUGAGAUUGCCUGCAAAAGAGCUCUUGAAGGACCCAUUCCUCCUCUCUGACAAUCCGAAGGGACCGAUUCGAAGUCCGCUACAGUUACCAUCAAAUUUGCAGAAGUCUGGACCUCCUUCCAUGGACAUAGACUCGGAAUACAAACAACUUUCAAUUAGUUCUAUUGCUGAGAAAAGCAGUGGAACUCCAUGUUGUCCUCCUUCCUUGGAAUUUCAAAGAAUGAAUAAAAAUAAUGAGUUCAGGGUAAGAGGGGAGAUAAAGGAUGAUAACUCAAUAUCAUUAACCCUACGUAUUGCUGAUACAUCUGGUCGAGCUAGAAAUAUCCAUUUUCUUUUCUAUCUUGAUACGGAUACGGCACUUUCAGUCGCUGGUGAGAUGGUUGAACAACUUAAUCUAUCUGACCAAGAUGUGGCUUUUAUAGGUGAGUUCAUUGAUUACUUGAUUGUGAGACUUGUACCCAGUUGGAAGCCUUCAAUUGAUUAUUCAUCCAAUGGAGUAAGUCCAAAUGAAGGAUCUCUAGUACUUAGGACUGACAGGGGUUCAAUGCGAUCUCAUUGGGGUUCAGUACCAAUUAAUCGUCCUGCUGAAUCAUCGAUAGAGAGAGAAGUUUUAUCUCAAUUGAGUCCUAUUGAAGGUUGCUUACUAGAGGUUGAUACAACUAACUCAAAUGGAAGAUAUGAUCGAACUAUGUCGCAUGGUGAUCUUAUUACUUCUUCAAGUUUAACCAACAGAGAAGAUCAAGAGUCUCAAGCAUCAAUGGUUUCAGAUAUUUCCACUGAUUAUGCUGCCACAAUCAGUUCAUUUACUAAUAAUGAGAGAAUGGUUCUGGUAGAAUGUCCUGAUUACAACAUUGAUGGAGGCUGUAAAAGUUCAAGCGAGUAUGGAUUUGAGAUGGAUUUGGGUCUAGAGGAGUUGGAUGGAUGUAAAAUGAAAGUUGAUGAUACCAAUGUUGGUGACUAUAUGGUAGCAAAUGAAUUUACGAAGAGCCCAAAGUUCUCUAUUAAUGGUCUUUCUAAUGGUAUGAGUUUAUCAAACAUUUGUUCUUCCUUGUCAAUCUCUGAUAAAGAUGAAGACUCUGAGCUGCAGUUGGAACUUAAUGCGAUUGAAUCGCAUUAUCAACAAUGGUUUGAUGAACUCUCAAGGAUGAGGGAAGAGGCUGUAGAGAGUGCUAAAAAGAGGUGGAUCGCAAAAAAGAAAUUAAGGAUUCCGUAGUUUCAAGAUUUGGUCCCUAAAAACUGUAUUGUGCUAGAAAGUUUAUUAUCAUUCUCAUGAAUGUUCACUAUAAAAUCAUUAUCGUUAUUGAAAUGGAAAUUUUCGUAGUUUAGUCA